UUUCUCCUUAUCCAAACACGAGAUAAAAAAAUGGCACCUACUUCAGUACUUUCGCCUCCUUCCUAAAACCUCCAUCAAUCAGUCAGUCAAUCAGUCGCCUCCCUCACUCUACACUAAUGGCGGUGGUCUUAUCAUCAUCAACAACCACCACAAUCCAUCUCCUCCACCGUUUCCUCCGCCCCCCACCUCCCCCUCCACCUCUCCUUUCAUCUUUCUCCGGACCCAUUUCUUCUUCCUCCUCCACCACCACCACCACCGCUAAUUUCACAAACAAAAAACCUCUCAUGUUCCUCUCAAAUUAUCAAAAAAACACCACAACUCCAUUAUUUUCUUCCCUCCAGUCUCCACUAAUCACUCCUCAUUCUCUCCUCUUCGCCAAUUCCAUCUCCACAUCUCUGUCCAAUCACUCCAUUUCCUUAGAACAAGAACAAGAACAAGAAGAUGACAUGGCUGAUGACGUGGAUGAUGAUGAAACUGAGCUGGAAUUGGAAGAUAAUGGAGGGGCAGAGGGGUCUUUGUCUCCUAAAGAAGCGGAGAAGGAGAAAAUUAGGUUUGAAGUACCGAAUUUGACAGUGAAAGAAAAAAAAGAUUUGGCUUCGUAUGCAAAUAGUUUGGGGAAGAAGCUGAAGAGUCAGCUGAUUGGAAAGUCUGGUUUUACUGAUAAUGUUGCCACUUCUUUUAUUGAGACUCUUGAAGCUAAUGAGCUUUUGAAGAUCAAAAUACACAGGACUUGUCCAGGGGAGCUAGAGGAUGUGAUCCGGAGUUUGGAGGAAGCAACUGGGUCAGUGGUGGUUGGUCAAAUUGGUCGAACAGUGAUUAUAUACCGACCUAGUCUUUCCAAAAUGGAGGCAGAGGAGAAAAGGAGACAGGCUCGCAAAAUGUAUGUGAGAAAAGAAUCAAGAUUCAAGCCUAUAACACCGAUGCAGCGAAAAGCACAAGUACCUAGGUUUUCUGCGCGUGGCCAACGUGGAAGCAGCAGGACAGCCCAGAGCUGAACAAGAAUAUUUGCAGGCGCUCUUUUUGCAAUUGUUUAAGCCGAGCCUAUUAUAAGACUUCCUUACAUGAGAAAUUUUUUCGCUAGUCAUUACAUUUUGGCAGGAGAUAAUGAUUUUCAACUGAAAUGAAGAUUUAGUUGAGCUUAUUGGUUAUCGAGACAGGAUCUCUUAAACCAUUCCCAAAAUGGAUUGAAAUGAAGGUUAGUCCGCUUGGAUGGUACUGUUUGUAGUGUAGCUUCGUAGCUAACUUUUUUAAUUGUUAAGCUGCCAAUAUGAACGAGUUGUCUCUCUGUCCCUCUCUCAGAUAAUUAGAAAUAUUUGCUCAUGGAUUUGCAGAGCUUAGUGAUGUAGUUUACUGUACUAAUUCCACAAAAAGAUUGAGUUUACAUGGGAAUUCAAAGAAUGUUGCUUGUAUGUUUGACAUUUUAAUACAUUUGUCUUAUGUUUUUAUGGCGAA